GGGUAGAUGGUCCAUCAGCCUUGUCAUUGCACCGUUUUCCCCCCUCGUCGCUUCACAGAGCCGCCAGCAGGUGUCGCUGUCAGUUUGCGACUCACAAGUUUAAUGAUUCUGUGACAGUGGGACUAAUUUUGGACUUUAGCGCUAGUCAUUGUUUGAUAUUUGUCCAAAAUACCUCUGCUCAUGCAACUGAAAAAGACUGUGCCUGUGCGGACAUGCAGAGGUACCGGUGGCCAGGUUAUGAGGUGCAGCUUCUUAGAGAGCUGCAGAAACAACAAAACAGCGCCCAGUUCUGUGAUACCCUGCUGCAAACUGAGGGUAUCUCAGUCCCAACCCACAGUUGCAUUCUCGCGGCUCUCAGUCCCUACCUGUCUCAGAAGCUGUCAGCCUCUCCAUCUCCACCAUCGGGCCAGAAGCGCCGCGUCCAGCUCCAGGCUGUGAAGGCCCAGACCCUGCUGAAGCUCGUCGGUCUUCUUUACUCUGGGGAGCUGGAGGUAAAAGGAAGCGUAGAGCAGAAUGACGUGCUGUCUGCAGCUCGCCACUUUGGGAUCACAGACCUUCUUGAGGGACAGAAAGAUGGGGGGAUGAAGGAGCGAGACCUCCAGAUAAAAUGUUUUGGGAGUAGCAGAGAGAGGAAUGAAAGCAGGAUAAUGCAGGACGCGCAAGUUCAGGCCGAGAUGACUGGAAGGAGAGCUACAGAUGCUCCGAUUGAAAAGAGAACGUGUGUGUCCACAGGCACACAGACUGUUAAAGCAGGUGAAAAGACAGUGGGCUUUACUCACUGUGACCAAACUAAACCUCCAACCUCAGAGCCUGCGACCUCUGUGGCUCAAAGUUUGGAUUGUUUUAUCUCACUGCCCCCCCAAAAUAUCACACCCGAGAAACAUUUGUGCUCCACUUCUUUCCCACCUAUUCCCAGCAUGCCCAGUGGAGCACCAAGCGAUGGAGAGUCUACAUUAGACCGAUCCUCUGACAGUAUAACAAAUCCCAGCUCAACUUCACCUUUGUCCAGCAGCGGGAAGAUCUUCCCCCUUCCCGUUAAUGAUGACUUAGACCCCCCGACACCUCAGGAAGACGGCACCUACCAGCAGUCAUUGGAGUUUGGGAACCACGUGCGGGUGUUGGCUGAGGAAGGGACAGGGCUGGAGGAUGCAAAAACGGCUGACUAUAGAGAAAAUAGAGAGCAGCCAAGCUGCCGUGCCAGCAGAGAUGACGUUCUAGAGGAGGAAAGAGGAAACUCUACAGAGAAAAGGCGCGUGCAUGCAAAUAUAGGGAUGAAGAGCCUGGCGAAGAUGAAACGGAUGCAGCACAUGAUGGAGACCACACAGAUUUCUAUCAAAGUGAAGCUAAGGAGGAGGACUAAAGGAGAAGUGUGGGAGGUUGUGAGCGUGAAAGACACAGAUGAGACGUUGUCAGUUCUUACCUCGCGGAAGCAGGAUGGCUCCAACCACAAAAGGCCACAGACAGACCUUACAAAUGGUGAGCCGCCUCCUUCCUCCAUCCAGCCAGGCCCAGUUCAUAAGCAGAUUCUUCAACCUGCUACCACCAGCUCCCCAGAACCAGCCCCUCACCCCAACACCACCUCUGACUCCCAGCCUCUCUCCAGUGACUGCUUCACCCCAAACCAAAACGAUGGCCUCGAGUCAGUCCCACUCCCUCAGCCCCCAGCCCCUGUAGAGGAGUCUGACGAGCAGAUAGAGAAGCUGUUGGAGGAUAUCAUGAUGGGCCUCAACAUCCUGCCAAACUUGGACCGGGACUGCAAGAAAUCUGCUCACCUUCAGCCGAGCCACGCCGGAGCACCAACUGUUUGCCAGGUCCCAGUUGCGGAGAAUUACCGGGCGCAGAGUCGGAUGCAUGCUGCCGUCAGUGCAGCAGGGUGUGUGUAUUACCAGGAUUUUGGGACACAAAUUCAUCACUCAUUAUCAGCUACAGCUCGGAACCAGCCCAGCUGCUCAAGCCUUUCAUCUCUACGGCCUCAGCGCUCUCCGCAGUAUCACACAACUGUGCCCCCCAUGGGGCAAAGAGAUGGAACGAGCCACCUGGGCGUGCCUCUGUCUGAAAGUCAAACUUGUCCAUACCCUGAGGCUCCCACUACAAGAUCAGACAUACCUGCAGCUUGCUACUCCAGUGGGCAGAAACUAUAUUACCCAGCAUGCCAGGAACUGUCUUCACAAGACCCUCCGAACAGCCUAGAGUUUUUACCCCUGACGAAUGGAAAUGAGGAACAGUCCCCGCAUUCUUUUUCUUUACCUUGCAUAGGUGAUCUGCGGCUUCCUCGAUGUCUCUCUCCAUUAGAGCCAUCAGCCUCAGCAGCCAAACAUCAGCCUGUCCUCAGCAACUCAGUGAACCAUAACAGUAAAAUCCAGCCAUCUCUACAUGGGCGACCUUGGCUCACAGAAAUCCCCGGAUCACUACAAUUUCCUCUCAGUGCCAUCACUAACAGAGAAAAUAAACAUACGUCUGUACCACAGGAUACAAACCGCAGCUGUUGGUCGAAGCAAGGUCAGAAAUGUCAGAAGUUGAACCCACAAAAUACCCGGGCAGAUGAGGGAAGAACCAUAUCUGCUUGUAAUCAAAAUGUGGCAGAACUGAAACCUAACCCCAGGAAGGUGAAGGGAAGUUCAAAAUGUGAACAUGGUAGUGCCGCAGCGCCUAAAAAGAAAAAGAGAACAUGUACAAGUCGUCCACAAGAUGCUGCCAGUUCUCUUUCGGCAUGCAAAGAUAUGAAGGUCGGUGAUGGUCAAAUCAACCUGAGCGUUUGUUCAGUCAGUUUGUCGAGCAACAAUGUGCUGGCCAAGGAAAGGGAAAUGGCCACUGGUUCUUCAGCCAUGCCAAGCAAACUUGUAGGGAAACCCAAUGAACCGCCAACCAUCAGAGAACGUCGGAGAAGGAAGACCAGAGGGCCUGGCGAUCUCGGUUCUGACCAGCCUCGGAUCAGGACCAGAGGCUUUUUGAAAAAAAGUCAAGGGACACCGAGUAACACGGGCCCACAAGGUUCUUCAGUUUUAAAGCCCAUGGCCUGUACAGCUGAGAUUGUGUAUAAGCAGGAGGUCACACACUGCAGGCGGAAGCGUGGAAGGCCGCGGAAAAUUCAGCUUGCAAAAAGCCCUUCAGACAGCUCUCCUGCUAUCAUUGAAAAGAUGAGCAACAGUGUGGAAAGUGAGCAGCAAAUUGACAACAAUUUGCUAAAAGAGGAGGAGGCAGAAAAAACAAAGAGGAGGUCUAGAAAACGGAAGAGGAAUAGAAGUGAAGUGGAGGUCAUUCCACGGAAGACCACAAUUGUUGAAAGCACUUGCGAGGCCAAGGCAGACAAUAAUGGUGAGAUAAUCUCAGCAGAGAGGAAACUCAAACGGCCACGGCUGGUCACCCUGAAGGAGUUUCAGAAGCUUAUCAAAUGCCAGAACUCAAAAACAAGGAAGGGAAAAGAAAGCCAGGACAAGGAAACAGAAGAAACUGCAAGAGAUUUAGAGGAAUUACCUAAGGAGACAGAAAUAAACCUUACUCGGCCUCGGAACAGGGACGGGAUUGAAGACUCUCACGCCAUAUUUAAUGUGACGGUUGACAAAAAUCACAAUCAGAUUUUCACCAAAUCACCAGCUGAGUACGGCAAAUCACAGCGAGAUGACACAAACGGCUCUACGAGUAAGGAGAACAGUUUGUGUGGUGGUCAGUACCAUCCGGUGUUUUCCUUUGAUGUGUUGGGAGAAGAGGGGGCCAAGGUAGCAGGUGACAGGGACCAUCCAUUGAAGAACCCUGAAGAAGCACCAGAGGCCUGUGAUGCAGGAGUGUCGGAUACAGUGACAUACACCGGCGAUAGCAGUCGGCUGUGUUGUGACACCGAGCUCCCUCAAGAAGACCAAAGGCCUUCAGACCCCAACUUGGACCCCCAGACUCCUGAAAUAACUGGUCUCCCUCUGUCAGACGCUGUUGGGUUCAGGAAGAGCACAGGUUGCGAUCAAGAAGAAGAAGAAGAAGAAGAAGUGGAGGUGGACGUUCUCCUUUACUCCCCAGACAAAGUGCCUCAGUCCAGCGAGUGUGAGAUUUGCCUGGACAACAUGGAAGUAACUCCAGAGGAAGAAGAGGAGGAGGAUGUGCACGAGAUUGAUGUGACGGGAGAUGAAGCAGAGUAACCUUUUGUACAUGUGCAUAGUUUUUACUAUGUUGUGUGACUAGUUCAGCACUAAUCUUCUCUCUGUUCUGGUUUUAUGUAUGUUCAUAGAGAUGCCAGAUUAAGUCCAUUUUGCUGUGAAGCUAUGUAUAACAGGUUUUUCUAUGUUUUCAGCAUCAGUCUGUGUCGGGCGAAUCAUUGGCUGCGUGCUAGAUUUGACCUUCAUUUGGUUCUAUAUAAAAGGUUGAAAUGAAUGUUUCAUUUCCAUUUAGUCACAUGCUAAAGCAUUGAAACUAAUAGGGGGAUAGUUCUCGCUGUAUACAUUACCAUUUAUAUUUGUCAAUUUGAUUAAUUCUUUUCAUUUUCAGUGAAAUUUGAGUUGUGAAGACUAAUUUAGGUAAAAGCACUUGAGUGGCGUUGUCUCUCUGUAAGAACCAUUGUAGAAAAUACUUCAUUUAAGCUUGUAUUUGUAAAGCGGGGGUUUUAUGUAAAGUUACAUAAUUGUUGUUGAUUAAAAAAAAACAUUAUUUCGUGCA